CUUGUCUCUCAAGACAAGCGUUCACACACAGCUGCAUAAACAUACCAGAUUUCAUGGGGACCCACAGUAGCGUAGAGAUACUCACUCGUUUUGACUGAUCACCAGGCACGAGGAGGAAGCUGAGCUCACACACUUGAAGAUAUCCACGCUUUUGCCCACAAACUAUUGGCAUACAUUUUUCAGCUGUAGAGGGGACAAAAAGGAUUUGGUUGAUUAGCCUAAUUGUGGAACAUAUAAUUCCUGGAUAUGCCAAUUUGAUACAGGAAUUCAAAGAAAUAAUAAACCCACUCAAAAACUGCAGACAGUAAAGAGCAUGGGGAGCUGCCCUAUCAAAUGCAAACCUGACCGGGCAACCUCAGAGAAUACCUCUGAACCUGGAAAAACAGGCAGCCAGAGAAACAUGCUGGUAUCCCUGUGUGACUACUCAUCCUUUAACUUUGAGCAACUCACCAUGCAUGUUGCAGAGAGGCUCACCAUUGUAUCUGACGAUGGCGAUUUUGUGAUGGUGAAGUCUACAACGACAGGCCGACAGAGCUAUAUUCCGACCAGCUAUAUUGCAAAGGUGACAAACAAGUGGCUGUUCACGGGCAUCAGCAGGUGCAAAGCUGAGGAGCUGCUGAUGCUGCCUAAUAACCAGACAGGAGCCUUCAUGAUUAGAGAGUCGGAGUCAAACAGAGAUAGCUAUUCACUGUCUGUCCUGUGGAGAGGCAACUCCUCAUCCCGAAACUCCGUGAAGCACUAUCGGAUCUGUCGCCUGGAAAACGGCUGGUUCUACAUAUCCCCGUGUGUCACCUUCCCCUCUCUGCAUCAGCUGGUGGAGCACCAUUCCGAAUCUGCAGAUGGGUUGUGCUGUCUGCUGACAGCGCCUUGUUUCAUCCAGGGUUCUGACAGCCCUGCAGAGCUAGCCAGGCCUAUGCCCAGGCCUAUGCCCCGGGCUAUCAGGAGGCCGACCCUCAACUGGAAGGACGUUAGCAGGUCAAUGCUAUUUACGGGGAACAGAGCAGAGUCAGAACACUCUCUGGUGAGCGAGGGGCUGAGGGAGGCCAUAAGUUCAUACCUCUACAUGACAGAAUCCACUGGACAGGACAGUGAUCUAAACUGGGACACUUGAAAUGUCAGAAUGGACCUGUUAAAAACUAUUGAAUGGAGACCAAAAGUCAAGACUGAAUACUGCCCUGUCUCAUCAGUACUUUGGAGAACCCAGGUGAAGCGGCAAAAGGGAAGGCAACCUCUUCACAUCUAAGUGCGCCAAACGUCUGGAAAGCCCCUGAGCAGCAUAUUGAAUGCGGCACUACAUUGUACGAGAGAUAUUUCAGCAAAUUUAAGUUUCCUAUGCCUUUUAGAUUUCACAGAGGCAAAUCUACACACUGGCUUUAUUAAACAGAAUAAUCAAGAGCCAGAUGAGUAUUUAAAAAGAAAUUGUAUUGGUUUAAAAGUGAUGUCAUGAUGAUUGUUUAAGUGUUUCUGCUGAAUAAUGAUCUAACUUGUGCAUCCGCAAGUUUACGUGCCCUUUAAGGAAACAGACUAUGCAAUUGACAAAUUUGUAUAUCAAUGGUAAGUAUUAUUAUCUAAUAAUGUGACUAUUGUUAUGGUAUUGGUAUCCAAUAAACAUGGUAUAAAACAUUAAAAAAAACUUAACAACAUACCCCCUUUUAUUAAAAAAAAGACCACCCUAGAAGGAUGAGUAGUGGGCUGAUCUCGCUAGAAGUUCUGUGAUGUACAUCUCAUGUUUGAAAGAAAGUGGAGGUGGCUCUCAAAGGGUAUUGCCUAAACACGAGUCUGCAGAUAGUACAUGCCACAUACAAGAUUUUGUUUUGUUUUUUUGGUUACAAGUUUCAAGUAUAUAAGUCAUAUGUGAAAAGUCAAUGCUUGUUUUACUGGCUCAACACACAAGUCGGGGGGGGGCGCUUAUAAAGGAGAAAUAAAAGUGUA